UUGAGGCUCAGAGCUACCAAUCGGCCUCUGCUGUUCAAUAAUGGAACGCAUUCUGUCUCUCCUCGUCACCUUCUCUCUCCUGAUCGUCUCGCGUGCGCAAUCGGACGGUGCAGAUCCUCUGAUCAGACAAGUGGUGGACGGCGGCGAUGAGUCCCACCACCACCACCACGACGCUCUCGGAGCCGAGCACCACUUCUCGCUCUUCAAGCACAAAUACGGCAAAUCGUACGCCAGCAAGGAGGAGCACGACUACAGGUUCGACGUGUUCAAGACCAACCUCCGCCGUGCCGCGCGCCACCAGCGACUCGACCCGUCAGCUCAGCACGGCGUGACUCGGUUCUCCGAUAUGACACCCGCCGAGUUCCGGAAAAGUCAACUCGGUCUCAGAGGGUUGAAGCUGCCCGCCGACGCAACCGAGGCUCCGAUUCUCCCGACAGAGAAUCUGCCUGAGGAUUUUGAUUGGAGAGAGCAUGGAGCUGUCACCGCCGUUAAAAAUCAGGGUUCGUGCGGAUCUUGCUGGAGUUUCAGUACUACAGGAGCGUUGGAAGGUGCACACUUUCUCGCAACUGGAGAGCUUGUGAGCCUCAGCGAGCAGCAGCUUGUCGAUUGUGAUCAUGAGUGUGAUCCAGAGGAGGCAGGUUCAUGCGACUCUGGGUGCAACGGUGGACUCAUGAACAGUGCCUUUGAGUACACACUCAAAGCUGGUGGACUAAUGAAGGAAGAGGAUUAUCCAUACACUGGUACUGAUCGUGGAACCUGCAAAUUUGACAAGAGCAAAAUUGCAGCAUCAGUUUCCAAUUUCAGUGUCAUCUCCCUUGAUGAAGACCAAAUUGCUGCAAACCUUGUCAAAAAUGGCCCUCUUGCUGUGGCUAUUAACGCGGUGUUCAUGCAAACAUAUGUUGGUGGAGUGUCGUGCCCCUACAUAUGCUCAAGGCGGUUGGAUCAUGGAGUGUUACUCGUAGGUUAUGGUGCAGCUGGAUAUUCUCCCAUCAGAUUGAAGGAGAAGCCAUACUGGAUCAUCAAGAACUCAUGGGGAGAGAACUGGGGAGAGAGUGGAUUCUACAAAAUCUGCAGGGGCCGAAACAUCUGUGGCGUGGACUCCAUGGUCUCGACUGUUGCUGCAGCUUCGGUUAAGACCAACUCAGAGUAGUAGGGUUCAACCCUAACUUACAAUAGCAGUUGUGUUUGUUAAUGUAUAUACAAGUUGUGGUGAUAUUUAUCGAGCGAACUCCAAUUGUUUGCUGUCUUCUGUCGGGCUUGCAAAACAAAUGACCAAACAAACGUAACGCCCCAUGUAUCUUAUAAUUCUCGGUAUUUGCCCGAACAGCUCAAAUGUCCUUUUUUAUGUCUUGUUAAUGCAAGUUCUUCGAAAUAUUAUAUUA